AUGUCCUGCGCGCGGGCGUUGACAGUCACGACCCUUGGUGAGGACCGCCGGCCACAUGCUGAAAAUUGCACAAGGAGCACGCCCUUACCGCGCACCGCCGCUUCGCAGUUCGUCGAUGAAACAGUUGCUCACGCUUUCCAGGGCCGGCUGGUUGAAGCAUCCGGAAAAAAUAGACUUAGUCUAGAGUUUUCAGAAGACAGCCAGUGUGACGGCCCAAGGCCAACGGACGAAGGUUAUUUGGAAAAGGAAGCAAGCAUGACGGCAAGUGGACGCUCUACUGAAUAUCUCCAAAGAGGAGUGCAAUCAAGGCCGGAGAAUAUCGUCACAGCUUCAGGCCCACCGACACCCACAGAGGCGGGAACCGUCCCCACUGAUACAGCUCUACCGGAAAAUGCUGCUCUGAGAAGUAGUGUUUUCUCGGCGGAAUCAAAAACCAUGGCGCAUGAAUGCUCUGAUGAAUACCUCCAACAAGGUCUACGGGCAAGCCUGGCGCAAAUCAUGGGAGUACCUUCGGACUCAUCGAUACCCACGGUGGUGAGAACCAACAACACCGCCGGAACCUCUCUAGCCGAAAGUGCUGGCCAAACAAGUAGGGGUUUCUUGGCGGAAUUACGAGCCAUGGCGCAUGAAUGCUCUGAUGAAUACCUCCAACAAGGUCUACGGGCAAGCCUGGCGCAAAUCAUGGGAGUACCUUCGGACUCAUCGAUACCCACGGUGGUGAGAACCAACAACACCGCCGGAACCUCUCUAGCCGAAAGUGCUGGCCAAACAAGUAGGGGUUUCUUGGCGGAAUUACGAGCCAUGGCGCAUGAAUGCUCUGAUGAAUACCUCCAACAAGGUCUACGGGCAAGCCUGGCGCAAAUCAUGGGAGUACCUUCGGAGUCAUCGAUGCCUGCGGAGGUGGGAACCAACAACACCGCCGGAACCUCUCUAGCCGAAAGUGCUGGCCAAACAAGUAGGGGUUUCUUGGCGGAAUUACGAGCCAUGGCGCAUGAAUGCUCUGAUGAAUACCUCCAACAAGGUCUACGGGCAAGCCUGGCGCAAAUCAUGGGAGUACCUUCGGAGUCAUCGAUGCCUGCGGAGGUGGGAACCAACAACACCGCCAGAACCUCUCUAGCCGAAAGUGCUGGCCAGACAAGUAGGGAUUUCUCGGCGGAAUCAAGAGCCAUGGUACGCGAAUGCUCUGAUGAAUACCUCCAACAAGGUCUACGGGCAAGCCUGGCGCAAAUCAUGGAUGUACCUUCGGACUUAUCGAUACCCGCGGAGGUGAGAACCAAUAACACCGCCGGAACCUCUCUAGCCGAAAGUGCUGGCCAGACAAGUAGGGAUUUCUUGGCAGAAACAAGAGUCAUGGCGCAUGAAUGCUCUAAUAAAUACCUCCAACAAGGUCUACGGGCAAGCCUGGCGCAUAUCGUGGGAGCAGCUUUGGGCUCAUCGAUACCCGCGGGGGCGAGAACCAACAACACCGCCGAAAUCUCCCUACCCGAAACCGCUGGCCAGACAAGUAGGAAUCUCUCGGUGGAAUUAAGAGCCAUGGCACAGGAAAGCUCGGUUGAAUACCUCCAACAAGGUUUACGGGCAAGCCUGGCGCACAUCCUGGGAGUAGCUUCGGGCUCAUCAACACCCACGGAGGCGGGAACUAUCACCGCUGGCACAACUCCCCCUGAAACCGCUGGCCGGAAACGUGGGGAUAUGGCGGUAGCAUCAAAGGCCAUGGCGCAGGAAUGCUCAGUUGUAUACCUCCAACAAGGUUUACCGGCAAGCCCGGGGAAUAACAUCGGAGUAGAUCCUCGCUCAUCGACCCCCAAAGAGGUGAGAAGCAACAGCACCACCGGCACCACUCCACCCGAACCGUUUGGUCGGCGAAACCGCCUCAUCCCAGCGUCAGCACAACUAGGUAUUAAGGACCGAGGUUGCGAUGGUGCAGGCGGGAGCUGCACCACAACGCCGUUGUCGGGGUUCACAACGCCGAUAUCAACAGACAGCAGCUCUGCAACAGAAUUUGUUUUGAACGAUGAUGCUUUCCGGAACGCAGAAGAAAAGGGGAGUUGGGCGACGCUCUCUGGCUCGGAUCAGGUAUUGAACCACCACGACAUCCACACGGGUUUCAGCACGGGUGUUUACCAGGGCUUCGCUUUAGCGCGAGAAGAUGCAGUAAUCAACGCGGCUGAAGCGGCGGUGGAAGGGUGGCUGUUCGGCGCCGUCGGUAAGUCGGCACGAAAGGCUCAGCCUGCAACUACGUCCGAGACAGUGGGAAAACCGCUCGCGCACACUUCUAACAAGAUGGAAACAGGGGGAGCGAAUGAGGACGAAGCGAGCUCUGGCGAACACCGGCGAAGUCCUGCCGCUCCCACCCAACUGGGUCUCCCACUCGGGUUUCUGAACGACAUAGUGGAGCGUAGGGCGUCGCUCAAGCCCGUUACAACCGCGCAAAUAACGCCGAUGGAGGUGAAAAUAGGAGGCGGAAAGUCGGAGGUUGCGUCGCGGCUACAACGCGAGUGGGGUGUAGAGCGAGAAGCGAGAGACAGAGCCGCUGCGCUCCUGGAGCUCACUGCACUCGUGCGGGCCAAAGCUUUGGAUCGGUACGACCCGGACGAUUUCUCAAGGGAGGCGCUUUUCGGCGAAGGGAGGCACUCGGUGGUUUACAGGGUGUCCGCUACCAGGCCGUGGGGAGCAACGGGUAGGUUUGAGGGGCAUCCGGGUGGCCGCCCAGCGACGAAAGGAGCAAGGCUGAGAGAGGCUGCCGCGGCGACGAUGGCAAGGAAGGUGAACACUGCUAUUCUUACAGCGGCGGAAACAGGUGUGGUUUCGAUGGAAGUAACAAACUUGUCGAAGGCUGCCGUGGCUGAAGAGAUAACGGUUGUGGCGAUGAUGGCGGCGGCUCUCGUUGAGUCCGUGAUUCGGACGUCGAGUUCGGCAGUGGUGGUAACGGUUACGGCGGCGGCAUCAGCAGAAAAUGACGAAAAUAUAGGCACAGUGCUCGCUGCAAAGGAAUUCCGAUACAUGCGAGCGGAUGCACCCGAGUCGAUCCUGCGCCAAGCUCAUCGAGAGGUGUGUAUGCACCUACGAGUCUCCGAUUGUGUCAACGUUGUUGCUCUCCGGGGGGUUUGGGUGCUGCCACGCGUUACAAUCCUUCUCGAACCAAUGCACGAAGGGAACCUCCACGGUUUUGUCCGAGCUAGGGCUGCCGAGGGCCAUGAACGACAAGAAGGCCUCGAAACACGAAGGCAACGUGCGAGGCUCGUGGCGGAGGCCGCCGAAGGUCUUGCCGCCCUUCACAACGCAGGAAUAGUCCAUCGAGACGUCAAGAGCCACAACGUGUUGGUGGUACGGCAACGACGGAUGGCAUUUGGAGGUGCCGAACCUGUCGGCGUGCGUGGAUGUGAGCACGGCGAGCGCGACCAAAGCUGCACGUUCGUGGACGGUAUUGAUGAGUCGGGAUGGGAAGCAAAGCUGGGAGACCUAGGAAGCGCAGCCUUGAUCCCCCUGAAGGGGCAGGCUGCUUUGACAGAAGAAAUCGGUACGAGUGGGUGGACGGCCCCAGAGGUGUGCGAGGGCCGCGGGUACGGAACGCCGGCGGACGUAUUCAGCCUGGGCGUGCUUAUCUGGGACGCCUUCGUGUGCGGAGCGCUUGAGAACCCCAUGUGCGGGCGGUCAGGAGACCAGCUGACGGGGGAAUUGAGACCCCGUUGGCCGCAGCCACCUUUACCAGUUGUGCCUUCGGACAUCGAGAGGUUGGCUGAGCGUUGUUGGGUCCCCGAUCCUGAAGCUCGUCCAACUGCUAGUGCGGUAGCCGCCGAGCUUCGGGCGUUUUGUUGUCGUGCUUGUGUCGAAAUUGGUGGUUAA